UCAGACCACCACUCUUGUCACUGGUGCCAUGUGGAGCAGUCCACGACUAAUUUGCUCGAUAUGAAAAUCAAUUGCAUUUGAGAUAACACAAAAGACAACAUAUUCUCACGGCCAGUUCCUUGCCUGAUCCACAGAAGAACAGCCAUGCACAUAAUUGCUUCAAUAAAAGCAGUACAAAUUUCUACAGGGUCCACUCCCACAGUUUAUGAUCUUUAUUAACCUUCACCUUGUAUAUUUGCACAACAUGCACCAUCACUGAACUCUCUUGCAACACAUAAAAUUGUGGUGGUUUCACUGAGCUGUGUUACUUGAAGACAAGGGAAUUGCUCUGCUCUGUGCCCAAACCAUUGUACAACCAAGAUGAAAUCACCUCCUGGUCUUUUAAUUCACUCCCUAGCUUUUCUCCUUUUUUUUUUUUUUUCCCCACAUAAUUUCCCUUACUGUGCAAGUAUUGUUCCCUCUUUUUACCUUUUCUCCCUCAGCUUCAUGAAUUGCAAUCCUGGUAUUUAAACUGGGACUGAUCCAGGAGCAGCGCUACCGCAAGAGCAACAGCAUUGGGAUGGAACACCAAAACAUACACAGAGGUGAAAAUUAUUUAAGUAAUCAGUGGGAAAGGUUAACUGCUUUAUAAAAGCGUUUAAACAGCAAAGCUCUGCCAUAUGACGAGACAUUCAAAUAUCCCAACACAGGCUCAUUCAUUUUUAUAUACAGUAUAUCAUUAUAGAUCAUACCUCUCCCCUGAGAGGAGUAGAGCUACCCCCCGCCCACAAAAUGGCGGCCGCUCCCGCUCCUCCUGAGGGGAGAUGGCACCGCCCUGUCCCGCCCACGAAAUGGCGGCGGGCGAGCUGCUCCGGCCACGCUGACCCGGCCGGUUCGUCUCCGUUCCUCGGUACACCCGAUCCCUGAGCCGACGCUGCCCGGUGCGGUGUCCCUUGAUGGAACUCGGUCGUCUGGAGUACCUGCAGGCGCUCGUCACCGAGUUCCAGGUGACGGACAGCACAGAGGCCAAGGAGCAGGUGCUGGCGAACCUGGCCAACUUCGCCUACGAUCCCAGCAACUACGAGUAUCUCCGGCAGCUCCAGGUGCUGGACCUGUUCCUCGAUAUGCUUACCGAGGACAACGAGACCCUCGUGGAGUUUGCCAUGGGUGGUCUUUGCAACCUGUGCUUGGAUAAAACAAACAAAGAGUAUAUUCUGGAGGCCAACGGGGUGGAGCCCAUCAUUAACUGCCUGUCCAGCUCCAACGAGGAGACCGUGGUGUCAGCCGUGACCACGCUGAUGUUCCUGACAACGCCGCGGUCGCGCGCGCAGACCACGGCGCUGCCCGUGGUGGAGUGCAUGCUCCGCUUCUCGCUCUCGGCCAACACGCGCCUCAGUAACCUGGCCUCCAUCUUCCUGCAGGACUACUGCAGCCCUCCACAGGUGGAGGAGGCCAGGAACCUCAGCAAGCACACGGCAGUGGGCAUUCCUCUGCCCAAGGACUGAGCAGGGCUGCGGAGAGGAGAACCUCCUGCUGUUCUCACUUUCUGCUCAGCAGGUCAAGAGCAGCAUUAAAGAGGGGAGUUGGUCCCACCAGUGCUGGUGUUUGGUUAACAAACGGGAAGGAACAACAGUAACACGACAGCUGGGCCAAGCACACUGCUAAGCCUCCAGAUAUUUAAAAUAAAGCAGGUCAUGGCUGCACACUGGAACGUGCUUUGCCAAGUGCAGCUCAGCACCUGGCUUGCACAAACAACCCUUCCCAGCAAUGAGGGGUGUGUUCUGCUUGGGUUAUUGGGCAGAAUUAUAUCCACUCCGGUUCCUGGCUAGUUGUGCUACACCUCUCCCCUUCAGCUUCCGUGACAGUGACUUGAGUUGAUACUUAGUGUCACUUGAAAUGUCACAGAAAUAUAUUCCUCCUGCAGAGAAAGGAGUUUCCCUGCCCUUGGAGUUCACAAUCUUUCCAUCCCUGUGGUACUAGUUAUGCCAUCCUCUAAUCAUGGCACAGGCAGCCAGCUACGGAAUCACUACAUAGGGCAGGCUGUAGCUACUCUAUAAAUUAAGAAGUAAUU